AUUAAAGUAGGAAAUUGAAAAUUAAAAUUGAAAUUCGAAAAUGAAAUUUUAAAUUUAAUCAAUAACUUCUCGACCAGUUGCUCAUAAUUAAGAUAUCUUACCAUACUAUUGUAAUCAUAAUUAAGAUUUGGAAAGGAGGGAAAAAGAUAGAAACUUAUACUCUCUAAUAUUCUGCCCAUUGGUAUUGGGAAUUGCAUUAUCUGAUCCUACCCUGCUAUGAUUCUCUCUCGACUUCGAUUUUUCAAAUAGAAAUUGAUUUUUUGCGCAGUUAAAAAUGUUAAAAACUCAUGGGGUAGUUUACCUAAUUUUUUACAUGUGAAAAAUAAGAGAUAAUUUAUAUAGCCCAUCCCUGCUGAGGGUGGAGUGAGGCAAAGAAGAAUGGAGGAAGCCAGUGGUGGGGUUUCGAUGCUGGUGGAGGUAAGGGAGAGGGGGUAGUUCGUAUCGUCAGUAGCGUGAGGAGAAAAGUGCGGUGCGGAAGUCCGUUGUUAGUCGACAUAACCUGUGCAUUUUACGAAUUGCGUCAUCCUCGUGUAGCCACCAUUACCUUAUACGAAAUACUCGUCAAUUUCUUAAUAAGAAGUGUGUGAUUAUUCCUCCUUUGAAAGACCUCUGGUGCGCUUAAUCAAGAGAAAAUUACGACUGCGUCAUCAGAACCCAAGAUGAGUGCUGACGACGGCGAAGAGCAGAACGUGCACUCGCCCGAGGCGGAGGAUCAAGACGAAGAGCCUGUUCCAUCUGAGGUGGGAAAGAAAAAAAAAAGAAGAAUAAAAAGGAGAAAAAGAACAAGGAAGAUGAGCCAAAAGAGCCAGAAAAACCAUUUUGUGUCGUUGAGUUCUAUGGAGAGACUGAUAAGCAAGGACAAAAGUUGAUUGAGAUCGCAAGAAGCUCGUGGACAGAAGAGGUUGACCCUGUUACAAUGAUUGGUUUUUGUCGAUUCCCAGGGGAAGCAGACUAUGGGAGACUUGAAAAAUUGGCGAAAACCCAAGUAAACCCAAAACCUUCGUGGGGCAGAUUCCGAGUGGAAAUUUUGAGCACUGCAGCAAACUAUGAUGCUGCUGACAGGAGAAUGAACCGUUUGUACGAAAAACGGGCAAACGUGAAUUCUACCCAGUUCGAGACAGAUGCAAGUGAUAACGAAGUGGUCUACGUAUCAAAAAAGCGUGCCUCUUCGAUCCUACAAUCAUCCUGUUCUCUGCAAUCACUGAAUAAACGGUCAGAGAAAGAUGACGAGCCACCUCCUCAUUCGUCACGACGUCGAUCACUGUCCGCACCGAAUCACCAGGAGAGAGUACCGAGGUCUUCUUCUAUUACCUCGCAGAACACGAGCACUCCUCACUCUUCUCUCAGGAAUACAGCAAAGGGUAUCACUGCCAUUGAGUUGAAAACAGGGAAAAAAAAUGAACUAACAGAAUACCAGAGAAUUCUUCGCGAAGAGGGAAAAGGAGACGAGAUGAAACGGUUCUUCAUGGAGUAUGUGGAUACAUCUACAGAGUUGAUGACAUUGAAAAUCCAAGACGAGAUUCGCAAUUCCAGGAGAGCGCAACAAUACGAUAUAAAUAAAAAAAUGGACGACUUAAAGCUUGUAUUUCCAGUGGGAGCAGCCAUGAGCAAUGACGUGGGCCCCUCACCAAGAGCUAUCUUGGGAGUCGAGUUUCCCAUAUGCAAAUUAGAAGAUUUUGAGAAAUUUGAAAAGAGUAUUGAUCCUAAAAAUGAAGAAAAUGCAGCCAAUCCUGAUGCCGCCUUGCAAAAACAAGAAGCUUUGAAACGGAUUAUGAAGUCCAUUGUACAAGGUACCAUGCAUUUUGACAGAGACGUCAAGCACAUUUUGGGUGAAUUAACCACAGCUGAUGUUCAAGAACAUUACAGUGGGAUUGGUCGGAAAAGGAAUGGGAUUGGGAAGAGAAAUUUCAGCCUUACUCUCGUUUUCGCAUGUAUGAAAGAUGUGCUUGAGAAAAAAUAUGCAGAGAAGUCAAAACAAUUGAAUUUUGUGACUGUGACUAGCGAAUAUUUGGCAGGUUUCGGCAGUCGUGAUGGAAGACGAGCAAAACGUAAGAGAGAGGCUGAUGAAUGAACAACAAUUGUACGAUUUUUUGCAAUGUUGAUUUUUUUAAAGAUACUUUGAACAUUAUCCUCAGCGAGGUUGUAUCAUAUCGUACUAUAUUCUCAAUUUAUAAUAAA